AUGUACCUUCUAGGCAAUCCUGAUCACUAUACCAGCCACACCUUCGCCACAUUCUGGUGGCGUAGCUACGUGCGACAUAUAAUCGUCAACUCUGAAGCUCUAAACGACAGGGAACAGAAACCGCUUGUAAAUAUAGGUCUCACACAGGAAGGAGAAGAUGCGGAGGAUGAGACGGUCGUACUGAAAAAGAAAAACGGUGAGUAUGUUCCUUGGACAAAUGUGGACGAUUACAUAUUCCGUCCUCAACAGCUAUCACAUAUCAACCUUAUUGAAUGGGUCAGAUGCGUUGAAAAGAGAAAGUUAGGGGCGAAGAACCGCGGAGAUGAUACUGAAAUCCCGUCGAUUAAUAGUUACGACUACCUUCGACCUACGUGGCUGAGAUUCCUGCCAGAACACCCACAAUACAAUACCCACCACGUCAAAUUCGAUCUUCCCUCCAACACCUAUAGAAUUCCGAAGUUUAUGGGAGGUGCACUUCCUCGCAAAGAUCAAGGUGAUAUAGACUACUAUUACACAACAAUGCUAACACUGUUCAAACCAUGGCGAACCUCUUGGGACCUUAGGUCGGUUAACCAGACCUGGAAGGAGGCGUACGACUCCCAUGUGUUCACUGACGAGCAGAAGAGAAUCAUGAAGAACUUCAAUGUCCGAUACGAGUGCCUGGACGAGCGAGAUGACUAUCAUAAGCUGCUGAAACAAAAAAGGAAAGAGGCUGCCAGUAACCGCGUAUUUAACCCUUUCCGUGGGUUCGAAGAGAGCGAAGAAGAUGAUAAUGAGGUCGAUGCUCUGAUGAAAGAACUUAUGGAAAGAAUUUCCGAGGAUAGCCUUUCGGAAAUUCACAUGAUCUCUGGAAAAAAAUCGAGUCGAAACGAUCGUGACAGACUCAAGGCGCGUGCCAUAUUAGAGAGGUUGAACUGGUUGGACAAGGUUAACCAACCAAAGCAUGUAGACGCGUACGGAGGUCAUAAGUAUUGCGUUGAUGAGCACAUAUCCACAAAUCUUAGUGGAUCUCACUGGAAGGUGGUGGUUCAGACCGCCAAGAAGGAGUUGAUCAAUCUGAAACAGCAAAGCAGGGUGGAAAGUAUGUCGACUGCGAGGAGUAGUCAAGACGAUGCUGGGUCGACGGUUACCGUGCCUUUCUCCCAGUGGCGUCAAUCAAGAGACGGUGUUGUUAGAAUAUUGGACAAAUCAUACAUUUACCAUGACUACCGAGCCCAGUGUAAGACGGAUGCAAAGAUUGUGGACUCAACGAUCGCCAAGUAUUCCUUAAACAAGGAGCAGACCAGAGCAUUCAAAAUAGUAGCUAACCACGCCUGCUCACCCUCGCCCGAGCAGCUUAGGAUGUACUUAGGAGGCAUGGGUGGGACCGGCAAAUCCCAAGUGAUAAAGGCGCUUAUUGACAUGUUCUCUUCUCGUAGGGAGUCCCAUCGAUUCAUAGUGGUGGCUCCAACGGGUACCGCUGCCGCUCUAUUAAAUGGAUCGACGUACCAUUCCAUUCUCGGGAUCCUCAGCCACUCUAAUUCGGAAACUGACAACAUACCUAUUCGAAGCGAAGCCACCCUGGUGUUAGAGGCUCGCGAACGAUUAACAGGCGUCGAUUACAUCUUCCUGGACGAGGUGUCGAUGAUUUCAUGCACCGAUAUGUACAAUAUCAGCACCAGAUUAUCCAAGGUAACAGGCGUUAGCGACGAGCCUUUCGGGGGUAUCAAUAUGAUCUUUGCAGGUGACUUUGCACAGCUGCCUCCCACUGGUGGCCAGUACUUGUAUUCUCACUGUCCUACAGGGGAUGAUGCGAAGAAGAAGUGGCAGGAGACCGCCAUCAUAGACAACGAACUCAGUCUGAAGAAGACAACAAACUUCGAGUCGCACUGGAAAACAUGA